AUGGCAGAUUACAAGUGGGAAGUGCGCACUGUUUUUACUAACAGGGAAGAGUUUAAGGAUGCUAUUAGAAGGUAUGUUGUUCAUGCUGGGAGGGAUCUAAAAUUUAUCAAAAAUGAUAACCGUAGGGUGAGGGUGACAUGCAUGGGUGGCCAAGGUAAGUGCCCAUGGCUAGUUUAUUGUGGUUAUUUGUCAUCACGAAAAAUUUGGCAAUUGAGGAAGAUAAUUGAUACUCAUAGUUGUAGUAGGCAACUUAAUAUUAAACUGAUGAAUGCUAAGUGGUUAAGUCAGGAAAUAGAUAGAUCUUUAGUUGAGAAUCCUAGUUUAAAGGUCAAUGAUAUUCGUACUAAAGCAUUAAGAAAAUGGAAUACAAAUGUUUCAAUAUCCAAGGCAAGAAGGGCAAAGUUAAUUGCCACAAGACAGGUUGAAGGAGAUUUCAAAGAACAAUAUAAAAGGGUGUACGACUAUGGACAUGAGCUGUUGAGGUGUAAUCCAGGGUCAACAGUGCAGAUUAAAGUUGACUCUCAUAAUGGUGACCCAAUCUUUCAAAGAAUGUAUGUUUGUCUCAAAGCUUGUAAAGAUAGUUUCAUAAGCUGUAUGCCCAUUAUAUGUUUAGAUGGAUGUUUUUUGAAAGGUGUUUACAAGGGGGAGUUGCUGACUGCUGUUGACCUCGGGGGCACUGAUGUAUGUGGAGGGUGCACAUGGAUGUCAGACCAGCAGAAGGGGUUAGUCUUAGCUAUCCAGGAGCUUCUGCCUCGGGCAGAACAAAGAUACUGUUUAAGGCACCUUUAUGCAAACUUUAGGAAAAGGUUUGGUGGACAAGUAUUAAAAAAUCUGAUGUGGAGUGCUGCAACCACCACAUAUCCCCAGGCUUGGGAGAGAGAAAUGCUGAAAAUUAAAGAAGUCAAUGUUGAAGCAUAUAAAUACCUCAUAGCCAUUCCCCCUAGGUUUUGGUCAAGGUCUCGCUUCACAGGUCAACCAAUGUGUGAUACCCUUGAUAACAACAUCACUAAAGCUUUCAACAAUGUUCUCAUUCAUGCAAGAGGAAAACCAAUUAUCAUAAUGAUGGAGGAUAUCAGAGUGUAUCUCAUGAAAAGGUGGGCCACCAAUAGAAGCAAGGUGACAUCUAUGGACUUCACAAUAUGCCCAAAGAUAAAGAACAAGCUUCAGAAAGAAUGUAAUUUGUCAAGAUUUUGGCUGCCAAGGCACAGUUCAUCCGUUGGGAACAAGUUCACAGUGGAUCUGGACACUAAAGAGUGUAGCUGCAGAAAGUGGAUGAUCAGUGGCAUCCCAUGCUGUCAUGCAAUUGCAGCAAUGAACUACUGUAAUGUUGAUCCAGACAAUUUUAUACCCACUUGCUUCAGAAGAUCCACAUAUGAAGAGGUGUAUGCGUCCAUAAUUUUUCCACUCAAUGGUCCCCAACUGUGGAAAACCACAAAUUUCAAUGAUGUACUACCACCACUGAUAAGGAAGUUGCCUGGGAGGCCAAAGAAAAAACGGAAGUUGGAGGCAUGGGAGUUAACUAAGGACAACACUCAAAUGCGUGUUGGAGGGCAUAGGAAAAAGUGUACCAUUUGCCGUCAGACAAAGCACAACAGGAAUAACUGCCCUUUACAGCCCCAACCAGCAGAAGCAACCUAA